CUAUUAUAUACUCUUGUUCCCCAACGAUGUCGACAAUUGCAAUUACAAUUAAAAACGCGGGUAAGUCCUACCCAAUGGAACUCGACUUGGAGGAAACUGGGUUGACCUUCAAAAACCAGGUCUACUCUCUCACCAACAUCCCGCCGCAGAGACAAAAGAUCUUGGUCAAGGGCGGCCAGGUGCGCGACGAUGCCAUGUUGUCCUCUCUCAACUUGAAGGACAAGCAGGUUGUUAUGGUGCUUGGGACGCCAGAUGAGCAGUUGCCGCAGGCUCCGGUGGAAAAGACCGUCUUCAUCGAAGACUUGAACGCCGAUCCGUACCGCACCAUCAACAUCGAAGAGCCGUCCGGAUUGGUCAACCUCGGUAACACAUGCUACCUCAACUCAACCUUGCAGACGUUGUUUAACAACGAAGACAUUGGCCAGCAGUUGGUGUCAGGUACCCCCACAGGGACGAACGCGGCGUUCGCGGGGUUCAUGAAGACGCUCUUUGCACGCAUGCAGAAGAAGGAGGCCAAGAUCUCUCCAGUGGCCGUGUUGAGCUCAUUGAGACAGCUCUAUCCGCAAUUCGCGGAGCGCUCCAACGAGGGCUUCUAUAAGCAGCAGGACGCGGAGGAGGCGUACUCCCAGAUCUUGACGGUGUUGAUGCAGCAGUUCCCGGACUUGCGUCGCCAGUUCGGCGUCUCGUUCAAGGUGAAGAGCCAGUGUGUGGAUGUGGCUGAGGAGCCAACAUACUCCUUGGAGGAGGACCAGUACAAGUUGAACUGCCACAUCACCAAGAGCACCAACUUCUUGCGUGACGGCCUUAUGGACUCGCUAAAGGAGACGAUCGAAAAGAACAACGCCACGUUGGGGGGCAACGCGAACUACGAGUUGACCAGAACCAUCACGCGCUUGCCAAAGUACCUCAACGUGCAGUUUGUGCGUUUCUUCUGGAGAAGAGACACCCAAAAAAAGUCCAAGAUUUUGCGCAAGGUGCAGUUUCCGUUUGAGUUGGACUUGAGCGACUUGUUGGACGACGACAUCAAACAGAGCAAGGUUGCGUUCCGCGACGAGUUGCGCAAGAUUGAAAAGACGCGUUUUGACGAAACCCGCGAGUUCAAGAAGACCAAGACCCUCGAGACCGGCACGCCGCUCCAGCGCCAGGAGCAGCAACAGGCCAAGGUCAAGGAGAUCAACGCCAAGUUUGCUGCCGACUUUGCCAAGAUCUUGCCGGAGUCCUAUGACCUGCAGGCGGGCGAAAACCCGUCGUGUUUGUAUGAGUUGAAGGCCAUCAUUACCCACCAGGGCUCCUCCGCCGACUCUGGUCACUACCAGGCGUUUGUGAAGGACGAGACUGAUUUGGAGGGCGACAGCUGGUGGAGGUUUAAUGAUGACAAGGUCAGUGCCGUCAACAGGGAAAAGAUCGAAACGUUGUGCGGCGGCGGCGAGAGCGACAGCGCCUUGAUUUUGCUUUACAAGGGAGUGGGGUUGUAGAGGCAUAUGGUCAGGUU